AAAAAUUCACAAGCUUGCAGUAAAAUUAUUGAAUCCACGACGUUUCUGAUAAAUCCAGACGUUUAAAAAUAGUAACACAGAACUAUUUCAACGUUGACUAACUACUGUAUAAUGUUAGGUUUAUCGAGUGACCCCGACGCAAAAUGGACAACGAGUGACUACGCCCGUCCAAUUGGCUCAAACUGCAUGUCUUACAUCUACCCCAUCAAUAUGUGAUCUAUGAUCCCUUCUGCUUUGGGUAAAAGUUGGAUGGCUGGUGGUGCCAAGAUGAGGGUUUCCACCAACAAACUGCAACAGCUCGCCAUAUUCACCACCCUACUGACAGGAGGAGGGAUUGGGACCAUGUACUAUCUAAUGCAGAAGAAAUUUGCCGAGUCAGACUACCACAAAUUGGCUCUGCAGAAGUUGGAAGAAUGUACAGUUGCCAUGGAGAGUUUGGGCGCUCCACCGUUAAAAAUUCACAACAUCCAUCUGACUGACAGAGACAAUCGGAUAGACCAGCAAAUAGCAAAGAUAAAGAUCCCUGUAACUGGGUCAAAAACUGGUGGCUAUUUAUAUACAUCUUCUAUCAGAGACCCAAACACAAACAGAUGGAAUGUGAAGCUUGCCGUUUUGAGGCUCAAAGAAGGGCAGACCAUCAACCUUCUGAAUUCUCCAUCAUUGGCAACCGAAAACACAGAAUUCAGCUUACAUGAUAAUGACUGACUGCAUCUACUCUUUACAACUAUAAAGGUAGAAUAAAGACUGCGCCAAUUACUGGAGGGUUUUUGCCAUCGGAUAUUUUAGGAAUUACCACGAGGCUGGAGUUUUUAAGUUAUUUAGAACAAGCUCUGGACAAUUAUUGAUCUUGUUUAUUCCUGCUCAUAUGAAAUGGGUUUCCUACCUCAACUCAUUAUUUCAUCAUCAAGAUAAAAUGUACUGCAUGUCUUCUACUUGUUGCUCAAAAUUGACGUGGUGGGUCAAAAAAUGUUUGCUCGACUCAUUUACCACUUCCUGCUUCUUAAAUCAUCCGCAGCAUACUAUCAUAGCUGCAUCUGUGUAGUGUUUCUUGAAAGUUUGAACCCUUUCCAGGUAGGAAGCAGUUAUUGAAACAAUAUCGAAACACUAUUUUUCCAGAGUCAUUCGUUGAAUUAGCAUUAAGUUUGGUAUUGAUUCGAAAUCACGUUGCACUAAUUUUUAAAUACUGAGACAAAACUGAAAUUCUGAAAAUGGAGCAACAGAAUUUCUGCAGUGAGGAACCCUGAGGGCCUCCUGAGAAUUCAGAGAAUUUAAAAAAAUAUAUAGACCAAUCAAGAAUUAUUAUACAUACAAGUUAUAUGUUUAAAAUAUUAUUAAAAAAUUAGUUAUUUUAAUACACAUUUUCUCUUAUCUGUGUUCAAGUCAUGUCUAUUUUCAAGUUCACAUCAGCAAUUAAAGGGUUAACAAACUGGCUCAUUUAUUGGUAAGGACUUCACAAAUCUGAGGAAAGGCUAAGCUAUGUGUUUUGAUUUGGAGAGUGACGGGUGAAUCAACUUAACACGUUUGAUUUUAAGUAGGCGGGACUCUCAAUUACACUUUAUUUAUGUACAUAUGAGUGUACAUAUGCGCUUGUAUUUAUUUAACAAUAUCAGCGAUAUGUUGCUGUUACCUCCCAAAUCAAUGGCUCGCUAAGGGCCCAACAUAAAACGAGCCACAAGUUUACAAGUGGACACAAAUCAACAAUUUAUUUACACAAGCCAAAUAACAAUCAGGCAUGAAAAUCUCUCACCUUUCGGCGAAAUUCGCCGUUUUGAAGUCAAAGGGCGACCUACGUGAAUUGCGUAGAUCCGAGGAGAAA